AUGACCAUGAAUGGCUACAAAGCACUCGGGACUUCUACCUCCCCAUCCAGCGAUCACUUCAAAUCAUUGCACCUAAAAGCAGCACCGCUCUCAAGCUCAUCUCCUCUUCGAUCCCAAUACCUAUACAAGACAAAUUUUCUUCGGAGCCAGUACCAUCAAGACCAUCGUCACCGUCACCAGCGGAGUGUUGAGGACUGGCGGAUAACCAUGGCCGAAGCUUCGGGCACAUCCUCCACAGGAGGCUCGUCGAAAGGAAAAGAAGACCAAUUACAUGUUAAAGAGCUGGGGCUCACACAGAUUGAUGGGCACCCAGAAGAUCAUCCGUUUGUCGCCGAUGUGGUAUUUGUCCAUGGUCUGCAGGGACAUCCCCAAAGAACGUGGCAGUCGAAGUCGAACCCCGAGUCCAGCAUCAGGGCUCGAAAAGGUCUUAGACUCUUUUCCCGGAAAGGCACGGAAGCGAUAGCUCAUGAUGACCCCAAGCCGUUCUGGCCAGCGGAUAUACUUCCUCAGGACCACAAGGAUGUCCGGAUACUAACGUUCGGUUAUGACUCGAAAGUGACGAAAGCGUUCAUGGCCCCGACAAGCAAGAAUGGCAUAUUUCAACAUGGCAAUUCAUUUCUGAGAGCCGUAAGCCGUGCCCGAGUCCGCUGUCGUCAACGUCCAAUUGUGUUCGUAGCACACAGUCUAGGCGGCCUCGUCGUCAAACAAGCCUUGAUCGAGGCGCAGAAACAGAUCCAUGAUCCUGACUUACUCGAUAUUAACGAUUCUACUCAUGCUAUCAUAUUCUUCGGUACCCCACACAGAGGCUCAGAUCUCGCGUCAUGGGGUCUCCUGCUGAGUACCGUUGCUAAGGCCGCUCAAUUCGACACGAAUAAAGCCGUCCUCAGAGAUCUGGAUCCUAUGAGCGGGAGCUCCAAAUUAGAGGAGAUGAGACUGGAUUUUGAUAAUAUACUGCAGGACAGUCAACGAUUGAGCGAGUUGCAUGUAUACUCGUUCCAAGAAGAGGAAGGUAUGACGGGUACCAAGUUGUUUGGCGGUAAGGUUGUCCCAAACGAGUCGUCAUCCCUGGACUCUCGAAAAUACGGUAACGACACCAUUCAUGCAAAUCACAUGAACAUGUGCCGUUUCAGCACAAAAGACGACGAUGGCUAUGAAAAGUUUUCUGCCAUCCUUGCAAAGUACAUUAGCCAAAUAAAGACCAAACAGUACGAAGCGAAGAAUGCACGGAACGAUGAUAUUCUGACUAGCCUCAAUUUUGCAGAGCGCCGGGCACGAGAAUAUCAACUGCAGAACCUCGACACGAAACAAGAAACCUUCUCUUGGAUCUGGUCAUCAUCUUCGUUCGUGGAGUGGCUUUCAAGCCAGGACGGAGUGUAUUGGAUCUCCGGCAAACCUGGAAGCGGGAAGUCGACUUUGGUAGAGCAUCUCGUACAUCAUGACCGGACGAAGCUAGAAUUGCAAAAGCAAAACCACAUGAGCUGGAUACGUCUACAUUUUUUUUCGAUUUUCGUGGUGGGCAAAGGUAUCAACAACAGCUUUGAAGGCUUACUCAGAUCCCUUCUCUACCAGCUCUUCAAAGCGAUGCCCCAGCUUAACACACUGGAUCCAGAUGACAGUAAAUAUGACUCCUUCUCCAGCUGGCCUGAACGUAAGCUCCGCGAUGCUUUGCGUACAUCACUUGGGAAAGCCAAGGAAGGAGUGUGUAUCUUUGUGGAUGGGCUAGACGAAUAUGAAGGAAGUCUCCUAGAACUCAUCCAAUUUCUCAAGACCUUAGCUACAAGCGACAACAGUCAGGAUACUUCGAUCAAAGUUUGUUUGUCAAGCCGUCCCGAACCAAUACCUUCACAGUUUCUGCAACAUCUCCCAAAUCUAUCCAUGUCAGAUCACAAUGCAUCGGGAAUUCAAUCGUACUGUCUUUCAACGCUUGAGGAGCUGGAGCCGAAGGUUCUUGAGGGUUUGAACAUUUUUCAGCUGUCUCAUACUAUUGCCGGACGAGCAGAAGGCGUGUUUUUGUGGGCACGUUUCGCACUAGAGGAAAUCAUACAAGGUCAUUCCAGUGGAGAAACCCCCAAAGAAAUGUUAGUGAGACUGGACUCAACCCCUCAUGAUCUAGAAGAGAUUUACGAUCGCAUAUUUCACCGUAUGGAUGCACCAGCUAAGGAAGAAUGUAUGAUUAUGCUACGGCUUGUUUGCUUUGCAAAGAGGCAGCUUGCAUGGCAAGAGCUACUUGUGGCUACCGAUAUUGCCUUGAACAAGGAUGUGGUCGAUAGUGAGCGUAUCCGUGGCGAUACAGACUCGGCAGUUGCGUCCAAAGUGUACAAAACUUUUACCCAAAGACUCCGUGCAAAAGCUGUGGGACUUCUGGAACUUGUCAAACAACAGCAAAACGAGUUUGGGCCUGACGAAGCUUUAUUGCACCGAAAUUGA